AUGUGGGUUAAUGGAAUGGGUAUGUCGAUGGAAAAAGGAUCUACGAAAUCUGUAAAAAAUCGAUCUCACAUUGUCUUGGGCAUUCUAGCAGAUCGACAAUUGAUGAAUACUCUCGUCAAUGCUUCUCAACAAACAUGGAUACCUUCUGUUCCCUAUGAUCUCUUUUAUUUUAUUGGUCGACAUCAUGGACAUCCUCCUCGAUUUUCACGAAACUUGAAUGUCGUCGAGUUACCCACAGAGGACAAUGAAUAUCCACCAGUGAACAAAACAUUUCAUAUGUGGACAUAUUUUUAUACGCAACAUUUAUCUGACUAUGACUAUUUCAUGGCUAUUGAUGCGGACACUUAUGUGAAUGUUGAAAAUUUGAAAAUAAUGCUGAAUGAGCUCAGAUGUCACGAUUGUUACGUUGGUUACCCAGCUAUAGGAGAACCAUACGAACGAAAAGGGUUAGGACUUCUUGCUCCAUACUGUCUUGGGAUGGGCUAUGUGAUUGCUCGCAAAACGCUUCUCCGAUUUGCUUUACACAUUGAUAUUUGUCGGCGAUCAAUUGUAGCAAACCAUUCAGAUACUGAGUUAGGACGAUGUAUUUAUCGAUACGCAUCGGGCAUAUCAUGUACUCGAGCUCAGAUGCCCCUGGAAAGAGUUUUAUACACAACGAAUAGUCGAGGAGCUGUCGUCCCAUUUAAACGCGAUUCGCAAGGUCGACUUCUAAUAGAAUUCCCAAAAGCACCACCAACUCGUUUUUUCAAUGCUGCACUUGUUCAUCCGUUAAAAACAUCUCAUGCGUUUCAUCAAUUUCAUCGUCAAGUUACAUUGCAACUCCGACCAGUACUUCCACCAGCUUUCUUGCACGGAAGCUGUGUAGCUAAUCCAGUCAUUCAAAAUGAAACCUAUCCACAAAAUCGAUCUAUAGCUGAAUGUCGCUUGCAAAUACCAAAACAAUCUGCCUAUAACCUAAGUUCUCUAAGUGCUUUUGUCAUUACUUUGAGAAAUUGUGAACUGCGUCUACAACGAACAAUUCAUAAUUUUGAAAAACACAGCAUUCAUCUACAGCUUUUCCAUGGAAUAUCAAACGUUUCUGUUCUGAAAACGACGAAAUUAACCAAGGGUGAAUGGAAUCUUCGUUUGACAAUGAUACGUUUGAUACAGACAGUAAUCAAUGCUAAGCUACAGCAAGUUCUUGUAGUUGAGGACGAUGCUAUUCCACACCGUCGCUUCGGUCAACUCUUGCAGGAGUUGAUCAAUGAUCAUCGAUGCAAGGAAUGCGUAUCUGGAGGUAUCUUGAUGCUUGGGUCAACGACAUGGUUUCCUGGUUGGAGGACUCUUGAUAGAUAUAAAAAAGUCGAAAAUGGGACGUGUCGCAAUAUAUGCACACAGGACUACGGAUCUUUUGCUGUUCUACUUCAUCAAGCCACAUUCCAACCGAUCCUUGCUUGGUUAAAGGCAGAGAGCAUGCCACAACCUUACGAUUACAUAUUUGCUCAUCUUUCUCGUCUUGGUUAUCCUGUAAGACUUACUUUUCCGAAUCUUGUCAUCACUGAUGUAAGACAUGAUUCAGCAAUUCUACAUCGUCCUCUCAACAGUUCUUUUCAUAAUCUAGGAAGGCGCGCAAAAAUUCAUCGUUGGACAAUUGAGAAUUACAUGAUUUCAUCUUCGGAUGCAAUCUGUUGA